AUUAAUUUGUUGAUAUAAUGUAGGGACAAUGACUUUAUGAAAUAUUCGAUUUUCUUCAUUAGUGUUUUUGGUAUUGAACAAUAUGGACAGAUAUCUAAUAAGAACAUUUUCUUCAUAUCUUCAUUCACCUAGGACUUCUUUCAAACCAAGCCCUUACAAGGGCCCAUCGGUUGAAGAAAUAUCAUUGAUUAGGAAAAAUAAUGUGAAUCCUGUUUUGAAACCCCUUUAUCAAAAACCAUUGCUCCUUCAUCAAGGUCAUAUGCAGUGGUUGUACGAUAAAGAUGGUAAGAAAUACUUGGACAUGUUUGGAGGAAUUUGUACAGUUUCUGUGGGACAUUGUCAUCCGAGAAUUUCUGAAGCUGUUAAACAUCAAUUUGAUAUGCUAGGUCAUGUAUCAAAUCUUUAUCAUAAUCCGAAAUUAUUUGAAUAUUCUAAAAGAUUGGCUGAAAAAAUGCCUGGAGAUCUGAAAGUAGUUUAUUUGUUGAACAGUGGAUCAGAAGCCAAUGAUUUAGCGAUUCUUCUGGCAAGAUUAUAUACAAAAAAUAACGAAAUACUAUCUCUUAAAAAUUGUUACCAUGGAAUGUCAUAUCAAACUAUGGGUUUAACGUCUCUGGCUCAAUAUAAAUAUACCGUUGUGCCACCUGCAGGUAUUCAUUCCGUUAUGAAUCCAGAUGUAUUUAGAGGACCUUGGGGAGGAUCUAAUUGCAGGGAUAGCGUAUCGCAAACCUCAAGAGAAUGUUCAUGUCAACUAGACCAAUGCGAAGCUUGCGACAAGUAUAUCUCUGUAUUGAAAAACGAAUUCCAAAGUGUGGUACCAUCAGGAAAACUUGCAGCGUUUUUUGCUGAAUCAAUACAAGGUGUUGGAGGAACUGUGCAAUUUCCAAAAAAUUACAUAAAGGAGGCUUAUCGGAUAGUGAAGGAGAAUAACGGACUAUUCAUAUCAGAUGAGGUACAAACUGGGUUUGGUCGGACCGGAGAACAUUUUUGGGGUUUCGAAGGUCAUGGUAUUAUUCCAGACAUAGUGACAAUGGCAAAAGGAAUAGGAAAUGGAUAUCCCUUAGCCGCAGUAGUGACAACUAAAGAAAUUGGGGAUGCACUGACGAAUGCAUCUCAUUUCAAUACUUUCGGAGGAGGAGCUAUAGCAUCUGCUGUCGGCUUGGCUGUUUUGGAUAUCAUUGAGGAAGAGAAGCUGCAAGAAAACUGUAGUGUUGUUGGCACUUAUUUGCUAAAUGGAUUAACAGAAAUGAAGAAGAGAAUACCGUAUAUCGGUGACGUGAGAGGCAAAGGCCUAAUGAUAGGUGUUGAAAUGAUGGAGAAAGAUAACAAACUGAAGCCGUUAUGUCCUAAAAAAUUUGGUCUGUUUUUCGAAAGAUGCAGAGAAAUGGGUCUGUUGAUUGGUAUUGGAGGACAUGAUAAAAAUGUUGUACGGAUUAAACCACCAAUGUGUAUCACUAAAGAAGAUGCUGAUUUCACUCUUUCAGUCAUGGAAGAAGCUUUGUCAGCUAUUGAUAAUUAAAAUGGAGUAUAUAGGUACCUACUUUUGUUAAAAUUAUUUUGAUAUCGUUAUAAUGAAUUGAUAUUGGAUAAUUACUUAUUCAAUCAGAAUGUUAUUAAAUCAUUUCAGUGAAAUGAAAUGUCGAGAAUGGCAAUAAUAAAUUAUAUUUCUUUAAGUGAA